AUGUCAACUUUUACGGCCUGGCAGGCUGAUCUGUUCCUUUUGGAGCAUUGGCAGAAAGAUUCGCCGCUAUCCGUUGAAACCCAACGCGAGGAAAUAUUCGCUAAAUACGUGGCACUCGGAGUCUGCGGCCGCGAGCCGUAUCGAAACCAGCAGCGAAGAUUAGAGAAGAGGUCUGUUCGAGGCCUUCCAGUACCUAGUCAAGAGCUACUGGCUCGCAUCCGCCUACCUGCUGAGCGUGACUUGAACGAAGAUCCAUGUUGGCUCCGCACCUGCUACGAUCCUUCUACAGAAGGCUCGUGGGCUCGGAUUCAAGAUUACAUCGAUACCAAGGUCGGCGGUCCAGUUACAGUUUUCAACGACUCAUCUUUGUAUAACUUUGGUUCCAACUGGGAGAAGAUUUUUCUUCGUGUCCCACAGCUACUGGAUAAUACUUGUCUGUUUGAAGAAUAUGAAGAGAAUGUCCAGGAGGCCCUAGAAGAGGGAUUUGAAUCCGACGAGACGGAUCCCCAUCGUGCCGAGGAAAGCGGCUAUGACCCAGAGGAGGAUGGCAACCCUUGGAUUUGUUUUUAUUCGGAGUACCUCUUCCGUUUAGCGGCGGGACACAUCUACGUCGUUGAUGAAAAAACGUUGGCCUCCGAAGGCGCUGACGCAGGGACUGUCCUCAUCAUCUGGUACGACGAGUGUGGACGAGCAAUCCGUUACUAUCGUGAGAAAGCGAUGCACGCAGCCGAGAUUGCGAAUCUCGACCCUUGUUAUCUCAAGGAACGUGCGUGCUGGAAUAAUGCGGAAAUCGGCGAAUCCUAUAAGUGGGGUGCACCCUUAGGGCCUCCCUAUAGAUUGGAAUGA